AUUAUCAUCGUGGAUUUCAUCAUAUUUUAAAUAUCAAAAUCAAAUUAUACCUAUUAAAUAUUAGCUGAGUUUUUUUUAUGUAUUUGUCGAAUUGAGUGUGAUCUCCAGAUAGGUCUUGCAACAUGGCGACCCCAUCCCCAAGUGCCAGCCCGAGGUCAUCAGCGUCAACAGGCGGUUGGUCUAAAAAGAAUAUGUACUACAAAACUGUCGGAGACUUGUACUUGAACCCUAAAUGCCUGCGAACGAUAAUACAAAAAGAGUGUGCAACCAAAAAAAGCGACGAGACCUACCGAAAAUACAUUGAACGUUUGAGAGGCAGUCCGUUCAGUGAAGAAGAUUGGAAGAACUCAUGUGGGAUAUCGUCAAAGAUUCUAGAAACUGAAGUAAAUGCUGACCACCUAGACGUGACUCAUCUCAUAUGUCUGCUCGAGAACAUUUUUCCAUGGAACAUUUCCAAGGAAGUUCACAAAGAUGACGUGGACGAUCCUGUGUCAAAAAGAAUAGUCCAGAAAUUUAGUGGCGUGAAAGACUUGCGAAACGAAUUCUUUGACUGCAAGACUGCUGCUGAGGAUUCGCUCAAGCUCGAAAUUAGAACUGCGCUCUCAGAGACGAUGGCAGAUGUAGAAAAGUUCUAUUCGUCACGCAUGGCCAAUGAUGAUGGUGGAGGAUCGGGGCAGAAUGAUGCAAGAGAAAAUAUUUUCCUGGACAAGCAAUGCAUUGAAGACAGCUAUUCGAUGUUGGCUUCGAGUUCGAGCGAUAAGCAAUUAAAACAGGACAUUAAGAAGCGCGUGGAAAAAGUAAUACUAAAAGAAGAACUUACAUCAGAAAACGAUAAGGUGAAACGUGGUGCCGUAUUUCACCAGCUUGAACUGACAAUAAACAAGGGCAGCUGCAAUGAAGUUCACGAAUACACUGAAAUUCUAAAGAAUUCUGAGAAGUUCGUAGUGGUUGAGGGCGUCGCUGGUUCUGGUAAAUCGACUCUCCUUACAAACAUCAUACUACAAUUUUUCGAGCUGCAGCCCAUUUUGGUUGAGACCUUGGAACAAUUCGAUCAUGUCAUCUUGUUCGAGUGCAGGGAGCGCACCGUAAAAACCCUGAGUGAUGUCGUCGAGCAACUUUUCGGAGAUCUGUGCAGCAAGCAAGGGAAAGAAAACGUUCUUGAGGCCAUCCUACGUCUCAAUGUCUUAUUUGUCAUCGAUAGUUUCGAUGACGUGAACACAGAUUCAUACAGAAUAGUAAAAGAGAUCAUUGCAAGAACGUGGCGCAGUGGAUGUCGAGUUUUGAUCACAACUCGACCUCAUUGCAUGAACAGGCUGAAGGAUCUUUUGUCAAUAAACGACGUCAGUUUCAGUCAGUAUGGGAUCAAUCCAAUCAGUAAGCUUGAUGACCAACUUAAAUUUUUGGAGAAGUAUGAAAGGUUCCUGAAUGAAGAUAACCAUUCGAGAGGGGUGACCGAAAGCUUCAAAUCGCUGGAAUCAGAACUACAAAGUUUCUUCACCGAACCCGUAAACUUGAUGCUUUUCCGCCACCUUCACAAGCACUUUCCGAAAAAGAUGGUCUCAUGGCCUAAAUCUAUGGGCGUGGCAUUCGACAUUUUCCGCUUGUACAGAAAAAUUGCCGUGUCGAAACUAUCGACUCCUAAUUUCUCCGAGAGAGAAAACUUGGUCGACGAUUUGUUUAAUAUCAUUGGCAGAGCAGCAUUGGAAUUGCUCCACGACAACUACGUGACGUUCUCAGAAGACAAGUACAAAGAAAUCAAAGAAGAGUGCAAGAUUAAAGGUGACAGUGAAGAUGCAGAGAAAAUUAUCUUAGAAGUUGUUCUAAAAAAACAUCUACCACUCUCUGAAAAAGGGCCCCAGUACUUCGAGUUCCGGCACAAGAUUAUCCAAGAAACUUUUGCUGCUCACUAUAUCGUAGAACGCAUUUUCGCUAUCAAAGACAGCGAAAAAUCCCCCAUCAACAGCAUCUUGGAUGAAACGUCAAAGAAAACAUGUCGGGAUGGCGGCAACCCGCUCGCGGAUGCGUCGCACGGCAGCCGUACGUCUCCCACGCACCGAUAUCCACGGCAGCCGCUGCGUGAGACGCUGCAGUAUGUGGUGCAGGAGCUCAGCAGGCGCAGUCCCCGCAGAUUCCAGCGGCACUGGCCGGAGCUGGAGAGGACGCUGCAGGAUACUGGGAUCGUGGCCGCCAGUGAUUGGCUGGACUGUCUGCGGGUGUGCGCUGACGUCAAGCUGGUGGCCGAGAUAGCUGCUGAUGAAAUGCUUAAAGAGGACAAAGACGUUUGGUUUGUCACCAAUGGUCGCGAGGUUGCUACAGUUGCAGCAAUGUUGCGGUAUGUUCAGGUCACGCGCAUUGAAGUGAACAUGAGGAGUGAUGACCUGGACCUGACACGGUGGAAGAAGCUUGUGGGACGGCGUGUGGGGGAACUCCUUCUUGUUCUGAGUGAAGAUAAAGGCGACGAAUACAAAGCCCGUGAUGACCUCCUGCAGCCGCUGAAAGAAAGCAAAGUCAAGAUAGUUCACUUCGACGGAUGCGUGGGCCACCCCGACAGCGUGACCGCCCUCGCCUCGAAAGCUCACGAGGCUGAAGUCAACAUCCGCAUGGCUGUCCCCCUGGACCUCUCAGAGCUCAGAGGGAAAUAUAAAAAACUCAAUGUGCGCACCCGCAAGCUCCCAACCGACGCUUGUCCACUGCCGCUGCCAGACGCGCCUGCGCCGUCGCUGCAGGUGGAUGGCGUCGAUGAGAAGUUCAGGACGGCCGUCGUCCACACCAUCACAUUACUCGCACCACAAAACAAAAGGUUCGCAACGCUGAAGCUACAGAGCAAGACAAAGCUCUCUGAAUCAGAAUUGCAAUCAACCCUACGAGACCUGCAUGCACAUGGUAUCAGGACGAUGGAAGGUGACCGCACUCGCAUCGAAAUUUUGAAGCGAAGUGGACUCAUCAAUAUCUACAUCCGCGAGGCACUACCUGAGAAAGUAGAAGUGAUUAAGGUUGCAGAAUAACAAGACUAAGUUAAUGAUUGUUUUAUCACGUUCAUGUUGAACAUCGUAAAUAGUCAAUCUACCAAGUCUAAAAAUAUUUUUGACAAAAGCAUUGGAAUAAAAGAGUGGAAGAUAUCUAACGGCUUGUUGACAUGCACUUGAUUGAAUCGCACUUGACAUUUCAAUUGAUUGUAGUAACUCUAGACUCUAGAGAGACGUUCAAACCGAUUGACGUUUCAAUUGACGUCGCUGUUUCAUAAUAUUGCCGUUUCACUUGAUUGAUGUAUCGGUAAUUGAAGUUUUGUAUGAUUCUAGUGUUUAGUGUUUCUUCACAUAUGUUUCGGCUUGCUUUCUCUCCCAACAUUCAAAUUACCUCAUCUUUCUGUAAUUUCUGAAGAUUAAUUAAAUGAUCAAUUAAUUACUGAUCAACACGGGUUGCGAAAGCCAAAUUUACUCUACAAUGAAAAGUUUGAGAGACGAAAUAUGAAUGGUGAUUUAAUUGUCAUUUUCUCCAACGACGUCGCUGUCACCCUGGACAAAUGGUGCGAUGCCGCGAAGCGUGACUUCAAUUAGAAUAUCAGUACAGUAUUAGUCGAAGAAGUCCUAAAGCAACAACUCUUAUUAGCAUGAAGUCUAAGCCUAAUCUUGCUACUUUAACUCACAAAACAUCUGGUUGCACAUCAAUAGCUGUACAGAUAAUUGGAAGAAGUUCUCGGAACAUAUCGUGGUACGUGUCAUUAUACCCCGAGUAUGGAAUUUCUUCAGACGCAAAUUCCAUGCCUCCGGCCACAUAGACAAACAGUUCUACUGCAUUACAUACCCCCCCCCCCGGAAAAUGAGAGUGACUGGAAAUAGUCACAGAAAUUUGUAGGGUUAAUAGUGAUUUAUGUCCGCGAUCUUUAAAUUCGUGGGACUAGAGUCUGCAUGGUUAACAGAGUUCAUCGAUGCGACGUAUUUAACAUAAAGAUGUAGGGUUAGUGGGUUACAAUGUUUAGAGAGGGUCGACCCAUGACCAUCACGGAGUCUGCUCCAGCCAAGGCGAUGCUUGAUUCUCAUGUUUAUUGUUUGCGCUCCUGUGGAAGUUCUUGCUUAUGUCAUCAUUUUCUACCAUCAACAAUUGCGCCGCAUAUAGCAAAGAACUAUGUCACUGUCAGUACUCGGUGCUACACUUGGUACCUCACCGGUACCACACGUACAUGUACAAAUACCAUCGAUCAGGUAACAUGUGACCAAGUCUAUAUUUAUCUAGAUAUACGGUCGAUAAAGUUUGAUUAUAUUGAAGUUUCACAAUAUUAUCGUUCUGCUUGUAAGUUGUAUCUUGUGUUCCUCUUGAUCGAUCGAAGUUUCUCUAGAUUGAAGCUUCACCUGGGAGCUGCAAAGCAUGAAUGUCGAUUGACUCACGCGACUCAUUAUUCUCUUAUUUCUUGGACGAUAAUUAUACUCAACUCCUACUCGACACUUGAUUUAAAUUAUACAUAAUUGUAAUCACACUUGAUAUUGCUCCUCUAGACUACAAUAUUUUAAGUUGUUGCGGCCUUCAUAAACGAUAUAUUAAGAUAAGCUCCUAUUAAUAAAAAAUAUAGUCAACUACCGGUACUUACAGUUGUGUGUGCAAUUCUAGAC